AUGUCCUCUCUCAAACAUCGUCGCCGUUUGAACACCAAUGCGGUCAUUGCGGUUCACUAUCAACCAACUGCAGUAUUAGUCUUUAGUCGAUUCACUGCUCCACACGCGUGGCGGAUAUCAUGCCAAGCUUUCUAUUUACGUUCAUUUCACUUUCACUCCCACACAACAAUGGCAACACUGUUGCGAUGGUGA